AUGGACAUUCAAGAAGCGUCCAAAAUCCUCUACUCUCGACUGCAGACACUCGAAGGAGGCAACGCGUCGAAGCUACUCGGGUGGAUGCUCAUGCGCGAGAAUGCUGACCAGGACCUAGCGGCGCUCGCGAAAGGCUCCGACGCGCAGCUCACGUCGGCCAUUGGGAUCGCGAAGCGGAACCUCAGCGUGUACUCGUCCAUACCGGGAUGGCAACACCAGGGGGUUCUGGCGGAAAUCCGGCUUCAACAGGAGAGCGCGGCGUGCGUUGCGCGACAACGAACCGCCGCCGCUCAGUCCUUCGCUCACCAGGCUUACCCGGCUUCCACAGACAGGUUUCCUCAUUCCGACCGUUUCUCUUCCCCAACGGAAACAGCCCUCGCGUCGCUCUCCCCCAAUACGCCCCUCGCUGAACCAACCGACUCUGCCGCCGCCGCUGUUGCUCCCGGAGAUGCUGCUGCUGCUCCGGCGGGAGCGCGACCAAUCCCCACGGAUGCCCCAGCGAUUCCCCAUCUGACCGCACUUCACGGCGCAAGUGGCGCUGCGAGCGACUACGGCUCGUCGCCUGAGAGUUCGCAGUCUUUCAUGUUCAAGCGAUGCCAUUAUUUCGCACGCGGAUUCUGCAAGCACGGAAGCGCGUGUCGCUUCCUGCACGCGUCGCACGGCCAGUCGGCGACGGCGCCCGUGUCGUCGCCGGGGUCGCCCAGUGCGACGAGUUCGGACGGCAUGAUGGCGGCUGCGACGUACCCCGAGCCGCAAGGCGCGGAAGAGACUGCUGCUUUGAGCUGCACGGCCGCGAGCGGCGGCGGCGGCGACGAAACUGGUGGUGAUGCCAGUAACGCCAGCGGGAACGGCGGUGAUGGUGGAGAUUCAUUUGCUGGCAGCACCGCCGCAACCGGCGGCGGCGGUGGCGGCGACGGUAGCGGUGGUGGUGUGGCCGGGACUGUUGCUGGCGGGCUCGUGGGCGGCAGCCCGGGAUCUGCGGCGGGUUUCACGCUGGAGCGGCUCGAGGCGGAGCUUCACGAGUUGCUUAGAGAGCACAAGGGGCUUAUCCACGUGGCAUCGCUUCCACAGCUAUACGCGGAGCGGUUCGGGAAGCCGUUGCAAGCGGAGGGGUACCUAACUGAGAGCCAGCGGCAGGGGCGGCCCGGACUAAGUCUAACUAAGUUACUCGCGCAGAUGAAAUCGUCGAUCGCGUUCGUCGAUAGGCCGAGCGGGCAGCGCGCGAUAGUUCUCAAGGGGUCGCCGAUUCUGGAGGAAUCUAAAAAGUUUAUAACGUUCAAGGAGCGAGCGGAUUUGGCGCCGCCAAGUCCGGGGUCGCGGCAGAUUUAUCUCACUUUUCCCGCCGAGAGCACGUUCACGGAGGAUGACGUGGCAGCUCAUUUCAGCAAGUUCGGGCCAGUCCACGAGGUGCGCGUGCCGCAUCAGCAGAAGCGCAUGUUCGGAUUCGUCACGUUCGCGUUCGCGCACAGCGUGAAAGCGAUUCUCGAGGAGGGUAACCCGCACCACAUCGGCGGCUCGCGCGUCCUCGUCAAGCCGUACCGCGAGAAAUCGCGCCAUGGCAGCGCCGCCACCGCGCACGGGAACGCGGAGCGGAAGACGCGCGUUGGGGCGGACCGCGGCGCGCAGGUGUCGCCCGCGAAAGGCGCCAUGGAGUCGUAUUCAGACGAUUCCCCCCCGCCGCCCAUUCCCAAGGUGCGCAAGAGCCUGUAUCAGUCACUGUCGUUUCGGGAGGCAGCUUCGCAGCAGCUUCCGCGGCAUGCGUGGCAGCAUCAGCAGCAGCAGCAGCAGCAGCACUACCACCACCACCAACAGCAGUAUCAAGAGGAGCAGCUGGGAGGGCACGAGCAGUGGCAGGUGCGGCUGCAGCAGCAGCAGCAGCAGCGGCAAGAGGAACAGCAGCAGCAGCAGGGGGCAAGCGAGGGGCAGUGGCAGGUGCGGCAGCGGCUGCAGCAGUGGCAGCAGCAGCAGGAGGAGAACUCUCGGCAAUCCCUAGGGCUCGGCGGGAUCGCCCUGGGAGACGUGGGACGUGCGUUUUCCGGCAGUGACGUGGAUGCCUUGCGCGGCGCAAGGGGCGUGGGGGGAAUGGGAGGCGUGGGCGGCGUGGGCGGCAUGGGGGGCAUGGGGACCGUAGGGGGAGCGGGAGGAGGCGUGGAUGAGCAUUUCUUCAAGCCGUCCCAUCUCAGCCUCGCUUCUUCCUCUUUCUCCUCCUCCUUCUCCUCCUCCAUUUCGUCGGGGUUGACCGGAUUCGCCUCUGCUCGCACUCCCAUGGAUCCCUCUUUCUCCUUCGCCUCCUCCUCCCUCUCGUCUCUCUCCUCUCUUCCGGGCUAUGGCGCCACCGCCACCGGCACUACAGCCCAGUUCACACACGGCGAUGCAGGACCCGAGGGCCUUCCUCAAACACCCACACACCGGCAGCUCGAUGACGUCUUCGAUCUGCACUCGCUUCUGCCAGACAGCCCCUUCACGUCGCCCCUAAUGACAAGCACUGCCAGCACCACCAGUGCCACCAUGAGAGACAAGAAUCAAGACCGCCUGCCGCCCGCUGCUGCGCUCACAGCGGGCUCCGCCGCAGCAUGGGACGACGCAGACCGCCCGGAAGCCGUUCCUUCGUCUGCUUCCUCUGCGUCCUCUGCCGCCCUCUCUCGGUUCUUCAACCCGUCGCUUUCAACCGCUCUUGUCCCUCCCCCUCCUCCUCCACCUCCCCUUCCGCUUGAUCAUCUUCAUAUUCAGCAUCAGCAUAUUCUGCCUGCUUCCACCCGUCGCGCCUCGUUCGGAGGGGUUUCUGGUGUUAGCGUUGCCUCCUCCCUUGCUCCUGCUGCUCCGUUUUCUGCAAGUGCCUUCCCCCCUGUCAGCUCUAUACAGCAGCAGCAGCAGCAGCAGCAGCAGCAGCAACAGCACGUCUCAGGCUCGUCGUCCCUGUGGGGUCACGCAGAGGGGGCAGAGGCAGCCCCUGGGGACUCAACGCCGCAGCUAACUACUUCCAUGGGGGAACUCAGUAUGGGGGAUACACAGCCGCAGCAGCAGCAGCCGCAGCCGCAGGAGGAGCAUGGGAGGGUGGUGGCGAGCGUGUGGGGUCACACCUGCGAUUCCUGCUCUGAAGCGGCCUACACCAUGCAGCUGGCAUGCGGGCACUACCACUGCAGCAAGUGCGCCCCGCAGGGCCUCUCGUCGUGGGUCCCUCGUCGUGGUGUGUUGUGUGUCAGCACACUGCCUACCAGCCCCCUUCCUUCGAUGCUCAUAUCCCUCUCCUUCGCUGCACUCCUUUCCCAUGCCCCACGUCUCCCCCACCCCAUGACAGGGUCCCUCGUCGUGGGUCCCUCGUCGUGGGUCCCUCGUCGUGGUGUGUUGUGUGUCAGCACACCGCCUACCAGCCCCCUUCCUUCGAUGCUCAUAUCCCUCUCCUUCGCUGCACUCCUUUCCCAUGCCCCACGUCUCCCCCACCCCAUGACAGGGUCCCUCCUCGUGGUGUGUUGUGUGUCAGCACACCGCCUACCAGCCCCCUUCCUUCGAUGCUCAUAUCCCUCUCCUUCGCUGCACUCCUUUCCCAUGCCCCACGUCUCCCCCACCCCAUGA